GCCAGGACAUUCGUCCUAUAUCUUGUUGGAUGUUUUAAUUGGCAUGUAUAGGCCUGGUUAUGGUGGUAUAUCUGUUGUGUUUCUGUGUGUAUCCCUCUCUCAUGAUGCAGAACCCAAGUACAAAGGCUUGAGAAACCAGGGCUCCACCGACUACCUGAACAGCGUGCUUCAAGUGCUCUUCAUGACCAAAGAAUUCAGAGACGCUGUCCAAAGGGAAUACUGUAAAAACUCCCAUACCAACUACAUUGAUGCUCAGCUCAAAUCUCUCUUCAGUGGGCUGAAGACCGGUUCGCCCACUACGGAAGACAUCAUCCAAAGACUUGGGAUAGAAAAUGUAUGGAAGCAGCAAGAUGCGGCAGAGUAUUUUGAGAAGAUGCUAAGUCUGGCCAGUCCUGAGGCCUCAAAGCUUUUCCAUGGAAGGUUAAUUCACCGCACGUCAUGUUCGUGUGGCGUAAGCACUGAUGAACACAAUUCAUUUUGGACUCUGAAUCUCCCGAUUAACAAUACCCACACUGGAGUUUAUAACGUGGAAGACGGGUUGAAACGAUUUUUCAGCCAAUCAAAGUUAACCGGAGACAACCAAGUGUACUGUGAUAAGUGUGAGGCCAAAGCAGACACCACUACUGAAUGUGAUGUAGAACUCUAUCCAAAGGUUCUUGUGCUGCUGCUCAAGAGAUUUGAGUUCAGCUACUACGAAAUGGACUACGUGAAAAACGACUGCCCUGUGGAUGUUCCUCUGGACAUUGAAAUGCCAAAGGGCGUGAGCUAUGAGCUCUAUGCCACCGUGGACCAUGUGGGGGACCUGAGGGGGGGCCACUACACAGCCACCAUCCAGCCUCCAGACGACGGGGGCUGCUGGUACGACUUCAACGACUCCAGAGUUACACCGAAAAACAACUUUAAUCCAGAAAGGAGCCAGAACGGCUAUCUCCUUUUUUACAGAAAGAGAGAAAGACAAAUUAGUGAUUCACCUCAGGAGCACCACCACGGGUCGUCUGUGGACCCGGUCGAGUCGGAGACCAAUCAGAACAACGCUGACGAUGGCAACGCUGAUCUUACUAAGCGUGUUGAUCUUGAGAGAGGUGAUGAUGUCAGGAAGGGGGUUGAUGAUCCUGAGAGUGUUGAGGUUAAGAGAGAUGAUGAUGUCAGGGCGGGGGUGGAUGUCCUUGAGGGUGGUGAGGUCACAGGAGGUGAUGAGGUCACAGAGGGGGUUGAUGUUCCUGAGGGUGGUGAGGUCACAGGAGGUGAUGAGGUCACAGAGGGGGUUGAUGUCCCUGAGCGUGUUGAGGUCACAGGAGGUGAUGAGGUCACAGAGGGGGUUGAUGUCCCUGAGCGUGUUGAGGUCACAGGAGGUGAUGAGGUCAUGGGGGGGGUUGAUGUCCCUGAGCGUGUUGAGGUCACAGGAGGUGAUGAGGUCACAGAGGGGGUUGAUGUCCCUGAGCGUGUUGAGGUCACAGGAGGUGAUGAGGUCAGGGCGGGGGUUGAUGUCCCUGAGCGUGGUGAGGUCACAGGAGGUGAUGAGGUCAGGGCGGGGGUUGAUGUCACUGAGCGUGGUGAGGUCACAGAAGGUGAUGUCGUGGCGGGGGACCCUCAAACAUUGGAGAGUGCGAGGUUAGACGGGAAGGGUGGCGAGCGCAUUAAGAGAGAUGAAGAGCUUCCGACCAAUGAGAUGGACUCUCGCAAACCAGGUGAUCAAGCUGGCCAACAGGAAGCCAGCGGCACUGCCCCACCGCUCAGCGAUCUGGAGGGCGUUGUUACCGAGAGGUGGAGGGGGGAGGAGGGGCAGACGGAGGGCGGAGUAAUACAGAAGACUGACGACGAUGGCAACGCUGACCACGAUAGUGGUGGUGAUGACCACCACACUACACCCUCCUCCUCUGAGCCAUUGGAUGAACGGCCAGUGUCGGCGGGGAGCAGUGGCGUCACGGGAGGUGAUGAUGCCAUGGAGUGUGGGGAUGUCAGGACAGGUGAUGAGGUCGGGGCGGGGGACCCUCUACUAAGGGGAAUGGAGAGGUUAGACCGUAAGGGUGGCGAGCGCAGGACAACAGCUGUAGAGGUUCCGACCAAUGAGAAGGAGUCUCGUGAACCAGGUGAUCAGGCUGUCCAACAGGAAGCCAGCGGCACCGGCCCAAUGGUCAGCGGUCCAGAGGGCGGGGUUAACGAGAGGAGGAGGGGCCAGAGGGAAAGUAUGGAGCUUAUGGAAGGCUUUGAGGAGGGGGAGACGGAGGGCAGAGUAAUACAGAAGAAAGGUAGAAAAGUCUUUCACAUUCCAAACUGUCUCUCCCUAAGUGGAAUGUGUUUGAGCUCUAGGCCGAGAUUGGCAAAGCGUAAACAGAGACUGGGAAGUAUGGUUGACAUAGGUGUCAAAGAUAAAAAAUCUAUUAAAAAGAGAGAAAAGAAGAAUAGCUUUAUGGCAUUCAAUAAGCAGACCUCGGAUACAGAAUAAAAGCCAGUUUAAACAUUCCGGUUUUGCAUGUAUUUGAACGUUGUGCCAGGUUGCAGGAUCCAAAGCUGAAUUGUGCCUUGGUUAGUGAAGUUAAGCUAGUUAGUAAAAUGAAAGGGCAUCAGCUGUGUUUUUUUUGGGGACACUAUCCCUUUUUAACAUGUUGACCGGCACGAUGAUUACUAUUAAAACCUCGACUAU